AUGAGCUGGAAGCGGCAGAAGCGGCUCCCUGAGGGGGUUGGUGCCGGGAUCGCGGUCGGGGGCAGCAAGAAGAGCCGGAGGGAGGCGGAGGUGCGGCUGGCGGCAGCACUGGGGGAGCAGUCCGUGAGAGAAGAGGCGAGAAGAGCCUGGGAGGGGAGGGAGGCUGCCCGCUGCGGCCCUGUUACCCUGGAUUGUGUCCCUUUCCAGCAUUGUGUAAUCCAUUCCUUUAUUCAAAACACUGAUUAUUUCCUGGAUAAAUUGAAUCUAGAAUUAAUGACCUUGAAAUUCAAUGAAAAAUCCAAUGAUCUGUACAAGUUUCAGCAGUCAGGGGAUUUGAAAAGCAUCAGAGACCCACACAUUUGUGCAUUAAGGAAGGUUCUGUUUGAGGAUUUCCGCCAGUGGCUUUCAGAGGUGACCAAUGUGGCAUUGGAGACGACUGUAGAUGUAUCAUGCGCCAAGUACAGUUACACAGACGUGUUGCUGUGUCAUGACGAUGAACUAGAAGGGAGAAGAUUUGCUUUUAUAUAUUAUCUGGUUCCUGAGUGGACUAAGGCAGAUGGGGGGUCUCUUGACCUAUACAGCACUGAUGAGCUGGGACAGCCUGGACCUAUUGCAAAGUCUCUUAUCCCAUCUAAGAACACACUAGUUUUCUUUGAAGUCUCUCCAGUUUCUUUUCACCAGGUGUCAGAGGUCCUGAAUGAGACAAAGUGCCGCCUGUCAGUAAGCGGAUGGUUUCACGGACCAUCUUUGGAAAGACCACCACGGGUUCUGGACCCUGUGCCUGUCCGCAGUUCACACAUACACCAUGAUCAUGAACUUUUACAUGAGUGGAUAAAUCCACUUUAUCUGACUCAAGAAGACCAGAUUCAGAAGAAAUUUGAAGAUGAAUCUGAAAUUCUCCUAAAAGACUUCCUUAAGGAAGAGAAAUUCAGUGCAGUAUGUGCAGCGUUAGAGGCACAGACUAUCGAGUGGGAACUGCUGGGUCCACCCAACAGGAGGUGUUACAAGACGGCAACAGGAGAAUUACCUGAUGCAGUGACUGGCUGCAUGGAGCUCUUGAGAUCGGAGGCCUUCUUCCUGCUGCUGUCUAACCUCACUGGCCUUAAGCUGCAUUCCUUGGCUCCCAACAAUGAGGAGUCUGAUGAAGAGGAGGGAUCCUCGCAAAGUAAUGCUAAUACCUCUGCACAGGGAGGUGCUGUUGGGGUUGAGAAAUCUGGUCCCGGUGCUGAGGCUGGAAGUGACAGAGUUCCUAUGUGCAGUGGAGAGCUAAGACACUGGGAACAUGGGCACUAUAAAAUGAUUCAUGACCAUGAUCCUGAGCAGGAGGAGUUUGCUCUGGACCUUCAGUUGUUCUGUGGAUGUGGAGACUGGGAUAUGGAUUAUGGCGGAUUCACUUCUUACAUUGCCAAAGAGGAAGAUGAGGAGCUUCUAACAGUUUAUCCAGAGGACAAUUGCCUUGCCUUGGUGUACAGAGACAAAGAAACCAUGAGGUUCGUAAAGCAUGUAAAUCACAGGAGUCUACACAGAGAUGCCAAUUGCUCAAACCACAAGGGAUUCUGGGAUUUCGCCUUUGUGUACUACGAAUGACAGCCUCCUUUCUAACGUUUAAAGUAUGCCUAAAUAGAUCUUUUUAAAGGGUGUUUAAAUUAGACUUUUAUGUGCAUAAUAUAUUUUUCCAAUUGAAGUGUGGAGUUAACUAGACAUGACUUAUCUCAUACCAACGCAGCAAGUUGUGGACAUAUAAUCCUGUUUUAUGUCAUUUUUACUGUAUGUAAAUGUGAUUUGAAGAAGUAUGAGUUAAUACACUGCAAUAUAAAAAAAUAUAUAUAUA